CUCCCUGUCAGUAUAAUGCAAGUCCUGGGGGCGUUCCCGUCGCCUAGCGGCCCCGCCUCCCCCUGCAGCCUGCUGAACGAAGACACCCUGAUCAAGUACUCCAGGCUGACCUCCACCAACCACAAGAACUUCCGAUACUUUGUCCUGGACAACUCUGUCAUCCUGGCCAUGCUGGAGCAACCACUGGGCAAUGAACAAAGUCAGUUAUCCUCCACGUUAUCAGUUAUCCUCCACGUUAUCGGUUAUCCUCCAUCAGUUAUCCUCCACAUGUUAUCGGUUAUCCUCCACAUGUUAUCAGUUAUCCUCCACGUUAUCAGUUAUCCUCCACGUUAUCGGUUAUCCUCCAUCAGUUAUCCUCCACAUGUUAUCAGUUAUCCUCCACGUUAUCAGUUAUCCUCCACGUUAUCAGUUAUCCUUCACGUUAUCAGUUAUCCUCCACGUUAUCAGUUAUCCUUCACGUUAUCAGUUAUCCUCCACGUUAUCAGUUAUCCUCCACGUUAUCGGUUAUCCUCCAUCAGUUAUCCUCCACAUGUUAUCGGUUAUCCUCCACAUGUUAUCAGUUAUCCUCCAUACGUUAUCAGUUAUCCUUCACAUGGUAUCAGUUAUUCUCUCACGUUAUCAGUCCUCAACAUGUUUCGGUUAUCCUCCACAUGUUAUCAGUUAUCCUCCACAUGGUAUCAGUUAUUCUCUCACGUUAUCAGUCCUCAACAUGUUCACUGAUACCAGAUUGAUAGCUGAUAAGAAUAGUCCUGGGUCGUUUUCAUUAGAGCAACGGAACUUUUUUCUAAACUUUUAGCAACAUUAAACAAAGUCCGCUCUCCCGUGUUUCAGUCUGUCUUCUUCCGUUUAGUGCCUAAUGAGAAAUACCCUUUUGACCUGGUUUCCCUGUGUGUGUGUGUCUCAGCAGAUUCCUGUCCGUCCGUGACCAUGUUGAUCAGGGGGAUGUCUGGGAGACACGCCUGGACCAUGCAGCUCUUCCAUCAGCCCAGGGAGGCCCGCGCCAGCCACAAGGUAGCCCUUUAGAUUCAUUACGGUGAUAUCUUUCUAUUAGUGUCCAGGUUUACAUUGUGACAUCUAACUUAACUAGCAACUCCAUUGUUAAAAACCAGGUUUUUUCACAUGGCUUUAAUGAGACACUAGUAAUGUCAAGUAAUGCAAUAUUCUCAUUCAAAAUGAACAAUGAUUCAUGAUGUUGGUCCCAGACUUGUUUGGUGAAAACAUGUCUGCGUCAGGGCAUUGAUAUUCAUCGUAGACCUUUAACAAUGCUAAAUUAUCAUAUGUCAGUUCGGGUUUCAUGUUGAGUCUUCCCAUCAUCGUAGACCUUUAACAAUGCUAAAUUAUCAUAUGUCAGUUGGGGUUUCAUGUUGAGUCUUCCCAUCAUCGUAGACCUUAAACAAUGCUAAAUUAUCAUAUGUCAGUUCGGGUUUCAUGUUGAGUCUUCCCAUCAUCGUAGACCUUUAACAAUGCUAAAUUAUCAUAUGUCAGUUCGGGUUUCAUGUUGAGUCUUCACAUCAUCGUAGACCUUUAACAAUGCUAAAUUAUCAUAUGUCAGUUCGGGUUUCAUGUUGAGUCUUCACAUCAUCGUAGACCUUUAACAAUGCUAAAUUAUCAUAUGUCAGUUCGGGUUUCAUGUUGAGUCUUCCCAUCAUCGUAGACCUUUAACAAUGCUAAAUUAUCAUAUGUCAGUUCGGGUUUCAUGUUGAGUCUUCCCAUCAUCGUAGACCUUUAACAAUGCUAAAUUAUCAUAUGUCAGUUCGGGUUUCAUGUUGAAUCUUCACAUCAUCGUAGACCUUUAACAAUGCUAAAUUAUCAUAUGUCAGUUCGGGUUUCAUGUUGAGUCUUCACAUCAUCGUAGACCUUUAACAAUGCUAAAUUAUCAUAUCAGUUCGGGUUUCAUGUUGAGUCUUCACAUCAUCGUAGACCUUUAACAAUGCUAAAUUAUCAUAUGUCAGUUCGGGUUUCAUGUUGAGUCUUCCCAUCAUCGUAGACCUUUAACAAUGCUAAAUUAUCAUAUGUCAGUUCGGGUUUCAUGUUGAGUCUUCCCAUCAUCGUAGACCUUUAACAAUGCUAAAUUAUCAUAUGUCAGUUCGGGUUUCAUGUUGAGUCUUCCCAUCAUCGUAGACCUUUAACAAUGCUAAAUUAUCAUAUGUCAGUUCGGGUUUCAUGUUGAGUCUUCCCAUCAUCGUAGACCUUUAACAAUGCUAAAUUAUCAUAUGUCAGUUCGGGUUUCAUGUUGAGUCUUCCCAUCAUCGUAGACCUUUAACAAUGCUAAAUUAUCAUAUGUCAGUUCGGGUUUCAUGUUGAGUCUUCCCAUCAUCGUAGACCUUUAACAAUGCUAAAUUAUCAUAUGUCAGUUCGGGUUUCAUGUUGAGUCUUCCCAUCAUCGUAGACCUUUAACAAUGCUAAAUUAUCAAAUGUCAGUUCGGGUUUCAUGUUGAGUCUUCCCAUCAUCGUAGACCUUUAGCAUUGCUAAAUGAUCGUGUCAGCUCAUGUUUUUUGUGGAGUCUUCCCAGCUUCUUUCUCAGGGGUCUGUGUCUCAUAAGAAGUCCCUCUCUCUCUUUCUCUCCCUCCCUCCUCCCUCUCUCUCCAUCUGUCACCCUCUGUCUUUCUCUCCCUCCCUCCUCCCUCUCUCUCCAUCUGUCACCCUCUGUCUUUCUCUCCCUCCCUCCUCCCUCUCUCUCCAUCUGUCACCCUCUGUCUUUCUCUCUCUCCAUCUCCUUUUCUCCAUCUCACUCUCUCUCUUUUUCAUCUCUUUCUCUGUUCUCUCUGUAGCAGGUGUUUGUCCCAGAGAGCCGGCCCACUCCCAAAAAUGACGUGGGGAUCCGGUUCAACGUCAAACACAGACCCUUCCCUGAAGAAGUGGACAAAAUUCCAUUUGUGAAAGCGGACCUGAGCAUUCCGGACCUGCACGAUAUCAUAGAUAAGGAGGUAGGCUAGCAUCGGUUGUCUGUCCAUAUUAGAAUCAUUAUGUCUCCAUUGCCCUAAUGAGGAUUGUAUUGCAGAGUAGAGGUAGUGUUCUCAUCAGCCAGGGCCUGUAUUUACAAAGCGCCUCAAAAUAGGAGUGCUUAUCUGGGAUCAGGUCCCACUGUUAUUUAUUAAUUAAAAAACGGAUUCAAGGUCAGCUUAAUGAAUAUGGCCCCAGAUGGGACACUUUGUACAACAAGCACAACAAACAAAAUCUAGGCUAACUUUAGAUUUUAAAUGUAGGCUAACUUUAGAUUUUAAAUGUAGGCUAACUUUAGAUUUUAAAUGUAGGCUAACUUUAGAUUUUAAAUGUAGGCUAACUUUAGAUUUUAAAUGUAGGCUAACUUUAGAUUUUAAAUGUAGGCUAACUUUAGAUUUUAAAUCUAGGCUAACUUUAGAUUUUAAAUCUAGGCUAACUUUAGAUUUUAAAUCUAGGCUAACUUUAGAUUUUAAAUCUAGGCUAACUUUAGAUUUUAAAUCUAGGCUAACUUUAGAUUUUAAAUCUAGGCUAACUUUAGAUUUUAAAUCUAGGCUAACUUUAGAUUUUAAAUCUAGGCUAACUUUAGAUUUUAAAUCUAGACUAACUUUAGAUUUUAAAUGUAGGCUAACUUCAGAUUUUGUCAUUCUCUGUGAACUUGUCCACUUCAAUGAAUCUUUGUCUAUCUGAAAAUGAUUUGUGGAAUGCAAUGUUUCUCAACUGACAGGCUGUGAGUGAGUUGUCCUCACACACAAACAGGACAUGUUUCACCAAUAUCUAUAUUUAAUGCUGGGAAAGAAAGGUUUUGAUGUGAAAGAGUUGGUCAUGUUUGGGAGCUAGGGAUUGGGUUGUAUUGGUUUUGUGAGAGUUUGAAGGCUUUGUGAAGGUUUGUUCAUGUCGUGUGUGGGUGUUUUGGUGGUGGUGUUUUGAGGUUUUUUGAUGAGGGGAUUGGGUGUGUGUUUAUGGGUGUGGUUUUGUGCGAUUGGGUGGAUGUAUGUAUGCAAUGGGACUCGCCAGCACAACUCAAAUACCUUUUUUUUUUUUAAACAAAUUGUCCUGGGAAUGAUCUUGGGAGCAGUCUUCUUAUAUGGUCUGGCCUUCAACAAUGACUACUACUAUUUUAUAAUAAGAUGGUGUUCAGAAUGAACUACGCCACAGGUUCCCACUCCAGGCAGAUAAUAUGCCCUUUGACACAGAUAUAGGAUCAGUGCUUACCCUCUCCUAAUCACCAUUUUGAGAAGAAACUAAUAAACAAAACUGACCUUUUCCAAUGUCAAGGGGCAACAUCAUCAUCCUACACCCUCUCUCUCUCUCGCCCUCUCUCUCUCUGCCCCCCUCUCUCUCUCUCUGCCCCCCUCUCUCUCUCUCUGCCCCCUCUCUCUGCCCCCCUCUCUCUCUCUCUCUCUCUCUCUCGCGCUCUCUCUCUGCCCCCCUCACUCUCUCUCUCUCUGCCCCCCUCCCUCUCUCUCUGCCCCCUCUCUCUCUCUGCCCCCUCUCUCUCUCUGCCCCCUCUCUCUCUGCCCCCCCCUCUCUCUCUCUGCCCCCCCCCUCUCUCUCUCUCUCUCUCUGCCCCACCUCUCUCUCUCUCUCUCUCUCUCUCUCUGCCCUCUCUCUCUCUCUCUUCUGCCCCUCUCUCUCUCUCUGCCCCUCUCUCUCUCUCUGCCCCCUCUCUCUCUCUCUGCCCCCUCUCUCUCUCUCUGCCCCUCUCUCUCUCUCUCUCUCUCUCUCUCUCUGCCCUCUCUCUCUCCCCCUCAGCUGGAGAUGCAGCACACCAAGCUGUGGGGUGUGAUGGCCAAGCAGAUUGAGUAUGAAACAACACUGGAGCAUGGCAGCGAGGAGCGCUGGUUGCAGCAAGAGCUUCCCAGACCCGCUGACAGACUGCAAGCCCCCACCGCCCUCAGAAGAGUUCCAGACCGCCCGCCUUUUCCUGUCGCACUUUGGUUUCCUGUCACUGGAGGCACUCAAGGUACGGGGGGAAGAUGAGGGGUAGGAAAGGAGAGGGAGGAGUGGAGGAAACCAAGGGAGGGGAGAGGUAGGAGUGGAGGGGAACAAGGCGAGGGAGGGGAGAGAGGAGGAGGAGAGGGGAACAAGGUGAGGGAGGGGAGAGGAGGAGGAGGAGGGAACAAGUUGAGGGAGGGGAGAGGAGGAGGAGUGGAGGGGAACAAGGUGAGGGAGGGGAGAGAGGAGGAGGUGGAGGGGAACAAGGUGAGGGAGGGAAGAGAGGAGGAGGAGAGGGGAACAAGGUGAGGGAGGGGAGAGAGGAGGAGGAGAGGGGAACAAGAUGAGGGAGGGGAGAGGAGGAGGGAGGAGGAGAGGGAGAACAAGGGAGGGAGGGGAGGAGAGAGGAGGAAGAGAGGGGAACAAGGCGAGGGAGGGGAGAGAGGAGGAGGAGAGGGGAACAAGGUGAGGGAGGGGAGAGAGGAGGAGUGGAGGGGAAACAAGGUGAGGGAGGGGAGAGGAAGAGGAGUGGGAGGGGAAACAAAGGGUGAGGGAGGAUGAGAGAGGAGGAGGAGAGGGGAACAAAGGCGGAGGGAGGGAGAGAGGAGGAGAGGGGAAACAAGGUGAGUGAGGGGAGAGAGGAGAGGAGAGGGGAACAAGGUGAGGGAGGGGAGGAGAGAGAGGAGGAGGAGGGGGAAACAAAGGUGAGGGAGGGGAGAGAGGAGGAGGAGAGGGGAACAAGGUGGGAGGGGAGAGGGAGAGAGGAGGAGGAGAGGGGAACAAGGUGAGGGAGGGGGAGAGAGGAGGAGGAGAGGGGGAACAAGGUGAGGGAGGGGAGGAGAGGAGGAGGAGAGGGGAACAAGGUGCGGGAGGGGAGAGAGGAGGAGGAGUGGAGGGGAACAAGGUGAGUGAGGGGAGAGAGGAGGAGGAGAGGGGAACAAGGUGAGGGAGGGGAGAGAGGAGGAGUGGAGGGGAACAAGGUGAGGGAGAGGAGAGAGGAGGAGUGGAGGGGAACAAGGUGAGGGAGGGAAGAGGAGGAGGAGAGGGGAACAAGGUGAGGUAGGGAAGAGGAGGAGGAGAGGGGAACAAGGUGAGGGAGGGAAGAGGAGGAGGAGAGGGGAACAAGGUGAGGAGAGGAGGGAGUGGAGGGGAACGAGGGUGAGGGAGGGGGAGAGAGGAGGAGUGGAGGGCAACAAGGUGAGGGAGGGGGGAGGAGAGGAGGAGGAGAGGGGAAACAAGAUGAGGGAGGGGGAGAGAGGAGGAGUGGAGGGGAACAAGGUGAGGGAGGGGAGAGAGGAGGAGGAGAGGGGAACAAGGUGAGGGAGGGGAGAGAGGAGGAGUGGCGGGGAACAAGGUGAGGGAGGGGAGAGAGGAGGAGUGGAGGGGAACAAGGUGAGGGAGGGGAGAGAGGAGGAGGAGAGGGGAAGCAAGGUGAGGGAGAAGAGAGAGGAGGAGUGGAGGGGGAACAAGGUGAGGGAGGGAAGAGGAGGAGGAGAGGGGAACAAGGUGAGGGAGGGGAGAGAGGAGGAGGAGAGGGGAACAAGGUGAGGGAGGGGAGAGAGGAGGAGUGGAGGGGAGAGAGGAGGAGGAGAGGGGAACAAGGUGAGGGAGGGGAGAGAGGAGGAGUGGAGGGGAACAAGGUGAGGGGGAGGAGUGGAGGGGAACAAGGUGAGGGAGGGGAAGAGGAGGAGGAGAGGGGCACAAGGUGAGGGAGGGGAGAGAGGAGGAGGGGAGGGGAACAAGGUGAGAGAGGAGGAGGGGAGGGGAACGAGGUGAGGGAGGGGAGAGAGGAGGAGUGGAGGGCAACAAGGUGAGGGAGGGGAGAGAGAAGGAGGAGAGGGGAACAAGAUGAGGGAGGGGAGAGAGGAGGAGUGGAGGGGAAUAAGGUGAGGGAGGGGAGAGAGGAGGAGGAGAGGGGAACAAGGUGAGGGAGGGGAGAGAGGAGGAGUGGCGGGGGGAACAAGGUGAGGGAGGGGAGAGAGGAGGAGGAGAGGGGAACAAGGUGAGGGAGGGGAGAGAGGAGGAGUGGAGGGGAACAAGGUGAGGGAGGGAAGAGGAGGAGGAGAGGGGAACAAGGUGAGGGAGGGGAGAGAGGAGGAGGAGAGGGGAACAAGUUGAGAGAGGAGGAGUGGAGGGGAACGAGGUGAGGGAGGGGAGAGAGGAGGAGUGGAGGGCAACAAGGUGAGGGAGGGGAGAGAGAAGGAGGAGAGGGGAACAAGAUGAGGGAGGGGAGAGAGGAGGAGUGGAGGGGAAUAAGGUGAGGGAGGGGGAGAGAGGAGGAGGAGAGGGGAACAAGGUGAGGGAGGGGAGAGAGGAGGAGUGGCGGGGAACAAGGUGAGGGAGGGGAGAGAGGAGGAGGAGAGGGGAACAAGGUGAGGGAGGGGAGAGAGGAGGAGUGGAGGGGAACAAGGUGAGAGAGGAGGAGAGGGAGGAGUGAAGGGGAACAAGGUGAGGGAGAGGAGAGAAGAAGAGGAAAGAAUGGGUCUGUUUUGAAGGGAUUGAAACAGACAAGGUCCUUGACAUGCAUGUAGUGGAACCCCUUGCUUUCACCUGUCCAAUCCUGUUAGAUCAGUGACUACUUCAAGGAAGGAAAGAAGCAUGUUGAAAGUUUCAACAGGAAAGCAUGCAAUCAACCCAUGGCAAGAUGUAUUCAGUUAAAACCCUGUAUUUGAUGACAUGGGUUAUCACAUGGUAGCAAAAUAUAGUCAAACUAAUACAGCAGUUAAACUGGCCCUUAAAUUGGCAGAUUAAACCAGCCAAUCACAUUUAACUUUGUUUCCUGCCCUCCAGGAGCCCGGCAACAGUCGCCUACCUCCCCACCUGAUUGCACUGGACUCUGGGUUGCCGGGCUUCUUUGAUGACAUGAGCUACCUGGACCUGCUGCCCUGUCGGCCCUGUGACACAGUCUUCCUCUUCUACAUGAAGGCUGGCCAGAAGAGCAGCCAGGAGGUGAAGGGUUAACAGGGUUAAAGGGGAGGGCAUCAACAGGGUUAAAGGGGAGGGCAUCAACUGGGUUAAAGGAGAGGGCAUCAACUGGGUUAAAGGGGAGGGCAUCAACUGGUUAAAGGGGAGGGCAUCAACUGGGUUAAAGGGGAGGGCAUCAACUGGGUUAAAGGGGAGGGCAUCAACUGGGUUAAAGGGGGGGGCAUCAACUGGGUUAAAGGGGAGGGCAUCAACUGGGUUAAAGGGGGGGGCAUCAACUGGGUUAAAGGGGAGGGCAUCAACUGGGUUUAAAGGGGGGGGGGGGGGGCAUCAACUGGGUUAAGGGGGGGGGGGGCAUCAACUGGGUUUAAGGGGAGGGCAUCAACUGGGUUUAAAGUGGGGGGGGGCAUCAACUGGGUUAAAGUGGGGGGGGGCAUCAACUGGGUUAAAGGGGGGGCAUCAACUGGGUUAAAGUGGGGGGGCGGGCAUCAACACGGUUAAAGGGGUGGGCAUCAACACGGUUAAAGGAGAGGGAAUCAACACGGUUAAAGGAGAGGAAAUCAACACGUUAAAGGGGAGGCCAUCAACUGGGUUAAAUGGGAGGCCAUCAACUGGGUUAAAGGGGAGGGCAUCAACAUUGAAACAGGAAGUUACUAUCUGAAUUUAGCACUAAAAUUACAGAGUCUGAAGCAAAAUGGUCCCUGAUAAAAUACCUGAUAUGGACUGGAGAAUAUUAUCUGUUGGUUUUGCCAAGUGUGUAGACAUAUGAAUAUGUCAAGAUGAGGGAAAUGCUAAUUUGUUUGCUGAGUUGGUUGUGAAAAAUAAUUUCUGUCUCAGAGAAGAAUACGCUUUUCUUUAACAGUUAAAAAUAGUUUUGGACGAUGUAAAAUAAUUUACAGACAUGGCUUGACCAUUGAUUUCUAUUUUCACAUCUCCUCAGUGAUCUGUGUGUCUCCACCACUCUGUCCCAUACCAGAUCCUGAGGAACGUGGAGUCUAGCUCCAACGUGCAGCACCACUUCCUGGAGUUCCUGCUGUCGCUGGGCUGGCCCGUGGAGGUGGGGCAGCACCCGGGCUGGACGGGCAGUGUCUACACCAGCUGGUCCAUCAACAACAACAACAGCAACAAUAACAGAGACAGUAGCCCACCAGGUGGGAGGGAGGGAGACCCCAUCCCCAAGGGCUUCUGUACUUUUUUCACAUUAUCGUACCGACCUGAAUCUUGUUUUGUUUUUUUACAGCAGUAAGGAAGUUAUUCUCUGUCCCCACAGAUGACGUGGUCACCCUGGGAGACACGGGCGGGGGCGUGUUCAACGGAGAGAAGGGGGUGCUGUACUAUGCAGACGCCUUGACCGAAAUCGCCUUCGUCGUUCCCUCGCUCACAGAGUCCUCCGGUGGGCCUCAUCCCUCUCUCCCAUCUUCACUUCUUCUUACUUUUCUCCCACUCCUCAUCCCUCUCUCCCAUCCUCCGGUCUUAUUUUCUCUACGUUCCUCAUCUCUCUUUCAAGUCUUCACUUCUUAUUUUCUCUCCUCAGCUCUUUUUCUGUGUUUGCCAUCGAUCCCAAAGCCGCUGUUCUCCGUUUCAAGUCGUCUGUAGAGGAAGGAAAUCCCCACUGUGUGUCUUUAUGGAUUUCCCCUAAUUUGUUCUACAAAUCUUCUUUAUUUUCUAGAGCAUUGUAAUUCUAUUAGAGAGCCAUUAAGCAGGGUGGUCUUCAUUAGGUAGCCAUUAAGCAGGGGGGUAUUCAUUAGGUAGCCAUUAAGCAGGGGGGUAUUCAUUAGGCACAAAACAAAAAGAACAUACUAAUACAUGGAGGGACUACCUGAUCCUGUCUAAUAAGAAACGCUAUGGAACCUGCAUUAUAUAGGGCAAGGGUGCACAUAUUUCUUUUCGGACCGAUUUGUUUGUCAAAAGCAAUUUGCAGGCCAGAAAAAGGGCAGUUAUUUGAAAACGUUUAUAUCCAUUAUAAUUUUUACAUACUUUCUAACUAGUUGUAGAUGUUGAAGAGUGGCCUGGAGUGGGGGCCGUUUAGGAUGCAGACUGGGUUCCCACUUGUCUUUGUGUUGUUGUUUCUGUAGCAGAGUGGUCAGAGAACAGUUUCCCCACGGGAGACCCAGACUCUCAGAUGGACCUGCUGCCCAGCCUGCUGAAACAGUCCAACCUCACACUGGACCUCUUCCCCAACCACUCAGACAAUGUGGCCCCUGCGCAGAGGGUAAGACACACCGCAGACUAUUGUAACACUUUAACAUUAUUAGCAUUCUCUCCAGCACUAUACCAGUGUCUAUAUGUGAACAUAUAUGUAGGUUAAAAAGUGGUGAAGUGCUCCUGAAGUAUGCUAGUAUUAUUUUCCUCAGACCGAUUGACCUUAUCAAUGCCCACAUCCCACCUAAACCCAAACCCUACCCCAGGGAUGUUCAAUUCAUGUCUGGAGGGCCAAAGCACUUCUGGUUUUCACUGACUCAAGACUUACUUAGCUGUGUUUAGCGAACGGUGAUCGCUACGCAAAGGUUAAAAUACAACUGUGUUGAGGCCUUAAAGCUGGAUUAUGGAGUCAUUUAUCCUGUAGUCAGUUGAAAGUUUUUUCUUUGUUCUAGCUUGUUCACAUGAUUUCCACUAUUGUCUGUCCUUUAGAGUCCCACAGUGAAGUCUAAGAAGAUGCCAUCUGGCAGGACUAUCCCUCCAAUGGGGCCCGAGACCAAAGUACUGGUAGUCUGGGUGGAGCGCUACGACGAUAUUGGUAGGCUAACUUCCUGCUGCUUCACGCUGAAACUGGCCUCUUUUGGCUGCCAUUUUGGUUAUUUAAGUCUAGCGGAACUACACUCUUAUCUAGUCAUGAAAUAUUUGUACUAUUGGUAGAAACAACGUAUCAGAUCUGUAGAAUGUCUCAUUCAUUCCUUACAGACAUUUUACUAUCAGAUGCAACUGUUAACGAGUAGUUAAAUGUUUGUUAUCCUGUAUUUUUAGAGGCAUGUCUUCAUAUUUCUGAAAUGACUGACUUCAGUGCACCUUGAUAGAUUGUGUGCACCUAAAAGUUUGAACUGCGAUGUACACUGCUCAAAAAAAUAAAGGCAACACUUAAACAACACAAUGUAACUCCAAGUCAAUCACACUUCUGUGAAAUCAAACUGUCCACUUAGGAAGCAACACUGAUUGACAAUAAAUUUCACAUGCUGUUGUGCAAAUGGAAUAGACAACAGGUGGAAAUUAUAGGCAAUUAGCAAGACACCCCCAAUAAAGGACUGGUUUUGCAGGUGGUGACCACAGACCACUUCUCAGUUCCUAUGCUUCCUGGCUGAUGUUUUGGUCACUUUUGAAUGCUGGCGGUGCUUUCACUCUAGUGGUAGCAUGAGACGGAGUCUACAACCCACACAAGUGGCUCAGGUAGUGCAGCUCAUCCAGGAUGGCACAUCAAUGCGAGCUGUGGCAAGAAGGUUUGCUGUGUCUGUCAGCGUAGUGUCCAGAGCAUGGAGGCGCUACCAGGAGACAGGCCAGUACAUCAGGAGAUGUGGAGGAGGCCGUAGGAGGGCAACAACCCAGCAGCAGGACUGCUACCUCCGCCUUUGUGCAAGGAGGAGCAGGAGGAGCACUGCCAGAGCCCUGCAAAAUGACCUCCAGCAGGCCACAAAUGUGCAUGUGUCUGCUCAAAUGGUCAGAAACAGACUCCAUGAGGGUGGUAUGAGGGCCCGACGUCCACAUGUGGGGGUUGUGCUUACAGCCCAACACCGUGCAGGACGUUUGGCAUUUGCCAGAGAACACCAAGAUUGGCAAAUUCGCCACUGGCGCCCUGUGCUCUUCACAGAUGAAAGCAAGUUCACACUGAGCACAUGUGACAGACGUGACAGUCUGGAGACGCCGUGGAGAACGUUCUGCUGCCUGCAACAUCCUCCAGCAUGACCGGUUUGGCGGUGGGUCAGUCAUGGUGUGGGGUGGCAUUUCUUUGGGGGGCCGCACCAUGUGCUCGCCAGAGGUAGCCUGACUGCCAUUAGGUAACGAGAUGAGAUCCUCAGACCCCUUGUGAGACCAUAUGCUGGUGCGGUUGGCCCUGGGUUCCUCCUAAUGCAAGACAAUGCUAGACCUCAUGUGGCUGGAGUGUGUCAGCAGUUCCUGCAAGAGGAAGGCAUUGAUGCUAUGGACUGGCCCGCCCGUUCCCCAGACCUGAAUCCAAUUGAGCACAUCUGGGACAUCAUGUCUCGCUCCAUCCACCAACGCCACGUUGCACCACAGACUGUCCAGGAGUUGGCGGAUGCUUUAGUCCAGGUCUGGGAGGAGAUCCCUCAGGAGACCAUCCGCCACCUCAUCAGGAGCAUGCCCAGGCGUCGUAGGGAGGUCAUACAGGCACGUGGAGGCCACACACACUACUGAGUCUCAUUUUGACUUGUUUUAAGGACAUUACAUCAAAGUUGGAUCAGCCUGUAGUGUGGUUUUCCACUUUAAUUUUGAGGGUGACUCCAAAUCCAGAUCUCCAUGGGUUGAUACAUUUGAUUUCCAUUGAUAAUUUUUGUGUGAUUUUGUUGUCAGCACAUUCAACUAUGUAAAGAAAAAAGUAUUUAAUAAGAUUAUUUCAUUCAUUCAGAUCUAGGAUGUGUUAUUUUAGUGUUCCCUUAAUUUUUUUGAGCAGUGUAUGUCGAAUUCCUGUGUUGUAGAUAACUUUCCCCUGGCCGACCUGCUGGUAGAGACGAGCACUGGAGUGGAGACCACAGCCAACAGUAGCACCUCCACAAGGUUACUGCACUGCAGGCUCCCAUCCAUCACUACUCAGCACUGACAGCCUGUCCCAAAUCACUCCAUAUCCAUCACUACUCUCACUACUCAGCACUGACAGCCUGUCCCAAAUCACUCCAUUUCCAUCACUACUCAGCACUGACAGCCUGUCCCAAAUCACUCCAUAUCCAUCACUACUCAGCACUGACAGCCUGUCCCAAAUCACUCCAUAUCCAUCACUACUCAGCACUGACAGCCUGUCCCAAAUCACUCCAUAUCCAUCACUACUCAGCACUGACAGCCUGUCCCAAAUCACUCCAUAUCCAUCACUACUCAGCACUGACAGCCUGUCCCAAAUCACUCCAUAUCCAUCACUACUCAGCACUGACAGCCUGUCCCAAAUCACUCCAUAUCCAUCACUACUCAGCACUGACAGCCUGUCCCAAAUCACUCCAUAUCCAUCACUACUCAGCACUGACAGCCUGUCCCAAAUCACUCCAUAUCCAUCACUACUCAGCACUGACAGCCUGUCCCAAAUCACUCCAUAUCCAUCACUACUCAGCACUGACAGCCUGUCCCAAAUCACUCCAUAUCCAUCACUACUGAUCACUGACAGCCUGUCCCAAAUCACUCUAUAUCCAUCACUACUCAGCACUGACAGCCUGUCCCUAAUCACUCUCCAUCUAUCACUACUGAUCACUGACAGCCUGUCCCACAUCACUCCCUAUCUAUCAAUACUAAUAAAUAAUAAAACUUUAAAUGGAGAUUCUCCUCUAAGCAUGCAUUUUAGUCAAGGGGUCUGGGAAACUAGGCCUAAGGGUUCAAUAUAAAUGGGUGCUUGAACCCUCAAAAGAGCAAGCACAGCGACAAUGACAAGGAAAAACUCCUAGAAAAUAGUUCAAUAGACCUCUAUAGGAGCCCUAUCCUCUUCUGACUUACCUGAUAGAAGCUCAGAGCGGACCACCACCAAGACCAGACAGUUGUCCUUUACUCCAGUCAUAUAUAAAUGGCUCACGUGAGUCCGCAGGAUCAGUGUGGCUCGCGAGGCUAAUGUACACUCAGAGUUUAUUUAUUUGGACAGUGAAGCAAAAAAAAUGUAUUUGGCUCUGUACUCCAGCAUUUUGGAUUUGAGAUCAAAUGUUUUCUAUAAAGCGACAGUACAGAAUCUCACCUUUUAUUCGAGGGUAUUUUCAUACAUAUCUGUUUUACCUUUUAGAAAUGAAAGCACUUUAUGUAUGUAGUCCCCCCAUGUGUCAUAAGUAUUUGGACAAAUCCACUUAUAUGUGUAAUAAAGUAGUCAAAAGUUAAGUAUUUGGUCCCAUAUUCCUAGCAUGCAAUGACUACAUCAAGCUUGUGAUUCUACAAACUUGUUCGAUGCAUUUGCCGUUUGUUUUGGUUGUGUUUCAGAUUAUGUUGUGCCCAAAGAGAUCAUACCCCCCAAAACAUGCUAACCUCUCACCAUUACCAAUAACAGGGGAGGUUAGCAUACAUUUUUUUUAUGCCUCUAACCUUCCCACACAUCAUUAUUCACGAUUCAUUCAUAAUUAUCCAUAAUGUUCAUUUAGCUGAGACAAAGCAGUGUAGGUCGGGGGACCCAGACACAGGACAGGGACGAGGUCUUGCCAGGGCAGCAUGUAGAACAGGAUACAGGAGCAAGGCAAUGCAAUGUAGGGUUGAACCAGAGACGGUACAGGAACAAAGCCAAGCCAGCUGGAUGGUGGCUGGCCAGAGACAGUACAGGAACAAAGCCAAGCCAGCUGGAUGGUGGCUGGCCAGAGACAGUACUGGAACAAAGCCAGGCCAGCUGGAUGGUGGCUGGCCAGAGACAGUACAGGAACAAAGCCAGGCCAGCUGGAUGGUGUCUGGCCAGAGACAGUACAGGAACAAAGCCAGGCUAGCUGGAUGGUGUCUGUCCAGAGACAGUACAGGAACAAAGCCAAGCCAGCUGGAUGGUGGCUGGCCAGAGACAGUACAGGAACAAAGCCAGGCCAGCUGGAUGGUGUCUGGCCAGAGACAGUACUGGAACAAAGCCAGGCCAGCUGGAUGGUGGCUGGCCAGAGACAGUAGAGGAACAAAGCCAGGCCAGCUGGAUGGUGGCUGGCCAGAGACAGUACAGGAACAAAGCCAGGCCAGCUGGAUGGUGUCUGGCCAGAGACAGUACUGGAACAAAGCCAGGCCAGCUGGAUGGUGGCUGGCCAGAGACAGUACAGGAACAAAGCCAGGCCAGCUGGAUGGUGUCUGGCCAGAGACAGUACAGGAACAAGGCCAGCUAGAUGGUGUCUGACCUCAUAAAGCAGGAUGGUAAGAGGUACUCAUAGUGCCUCUGCAGCGGAGACAGUCUCUCAUAUCUCCUCUGUUCUACUUCCACCUUUCUGCUCUCCCUCCUCUUCCUAUCUGCCUCUCUCUGUCUCUCUCUCGCUCUCUCUCUCUCUCUCUCUCUGUCUCUCUCUGUGUGCGCAUGUCCAACCCUCUUUCCUCCUCUCAGGCCCACAUCGUCAGGUCAGGACGUGCAGGUGAUCUUCAUCCACCCUCUGAGGACCGGCCUGUUCCGGAUCCGCCUGCACGGGGCCCUGGGCAAGUUCAGCAUGGUCGUCCCCCUGGUGGACGGCAUGGUGGUCAGCAGAAGGUCACUAGGUGAGAGUAUGGGGGGAGGGGUGAAAGGUGUGUGUGUGUGUGUGUUAGCUAUCACGAUGACUCGUGACGAGUAGCACUGUGUGUGUUUUCUUCACACAUGCCAAAUGUGUGAGUCACCGGGCCUAGCUCCACCACUUCUCUCUCCACAUCAGUGCUGAGCCAUUGGUCCUCUCUCUCCUCUCAGGGUUCCUGGUGAGACAGACGGUGAUCAACGCGUGCCGGCGAAAGCGGCUGGAGAGUGACUCGUACAACCCGCCGCACGUGCGUCGGAAACAGAAGAUCGCUGAGGUGGUGAACCGGUACCGCAACAAGCAGUUGGAGCCUGAGUUCUACACCGCCCUCUUCCAGGAGGUCGAAGAGAGCAGCCUCAACCCC